UCAAAUUUUAAUUUAUUUCACUUGUUCCUAAAAACACCACCCAUUAAUCUAGUUCAUACCAAGCUCAACUUCCUGUUUAAAACUUAUUCUGGUUGCCAGAGAAAUCUAAAUCUGUAAAUCCUCCAUCAAAAAACAAAAAGUGUCUUUUUGCACAGGUGGGCGAACUCCUGGUGCAGCGGCAGGCCGAAAAUCGCGUAGGCAAUAAAACCUACUCUCUUAUUAUAUCUUUUGAGCCCGAGCAACUGGAGCCUUGGCAGUACCUCGGUCGUACCGAUCGAGUGAAUACACACACACACUCACACACACACAACCCCGGUACUAUCUCGAGUUCGUGAGAUCUAUUAGUCAUUAUUUCGGUACGUGCCUACUAGAAAAGAAGAUUUAAUCGCGGGCUUUUCGAAUGGAUGUAGUGGUAGCAGAUGUGUUAUUUGUUGAUGUGGUGCAUAUGAUUGUGUUUUGAAGGUUUUUGGACUUUGGGAUGAAUUGUGAUUUGUAAUUAUAGUUUUAGAAGCACAAAAUCCCUUUUGAAACAUGCCCAAAUCGAACAACAUAAAUCAGUCAAUCCCCUAAACGAGCCACAUACGUCUUCGACUCCGCCGAAGGAGGGUAAACAUUCCCAACCAAAAAAGAAGAAAAAAACGUUAAACUCAAAAUGGCCACGAUUUGUUUCCGGCCUCCGCCGUUGCCGCCGAAUAAGAAAUCCUUAUCCUCGACGAAAAAAUCGCACAAUCUUUCUUCGACGUAUCUGAGCUUCCGCGACCCGUCCGACGACGUGCCGGUGCCGUUCGAAUCCGUCGAAAAAAAAGCGAAACGAUCUCGCAGGGUGUCGCACACGAACUCGCUGAAUCGGGGUCGCGAUUUUCGCGGCCCGGCGACCUUGACUCGCAGCCAUUCCGAAGGGAAUCUGGACAAGACGGGACGGAAGGAUGACUCUCCGCAACAACUGUCCAUUAGCAGAUACAUGAGGGUGCUGAGCGGAAGCUGGAAGAAUUUACUUAACUUGGGCGGUAUGUCCAGGCCGCCUAAGCCGGCGGCUACCGCCAAAAAGGUGGCGCCACCAGCGGUACCACAUGAGUUCCGACAUUCCGGAAGUUCCUUUGGUAGUGCAGGUUACGGCAGUUCGGAGGACGGAAGCGGCGGGUUUUUGGCGCCUGCUGAACCACCUGGGGUACCCCGAGAUGAUCAUUCCGAUUAUGGCAGCACAGUCAGCGGAAGUACCGGAAAAUCUCCCGGACCGAUUUUUCCCGCCCCCACGUUCACCUUUCCCGGACAACCGCCUCCCGGAGCUGUGCUCACACACAAAGCUGCAGUUUACUAUCAUCACCAGCUCAGCCUGCAAGAAGAUCAAGGAAUUGACAUGACACAGUCCCCAGGCAGAGAUAGUCCAGGUUCCUCGAGUGGCAGUGCAGGUUCAGGUUCCAGACAUAGUACAGCCUCAUUAGACAGUGGCAGAGCCUCAUAUCACCCUCUAAGUACAGCAGGAAGGAGCACAAUCGGAUCUUCAAACAGUCCUAGAUGUUCGCUAAGUUCCUGCUCCAUCGGCUCAGAUCAAGGCAGAAUCGAACGGAUGAUACAUCAAGGAGUACCUGACCAGGAAAUCAUCCACUCCUGGCUAGUAGAUUUACAAUUCGAAGAAUACUUUCCGUUGUUUGUUAGUGCCGGCUAUGAUUUGCCUACUAUAGGCCGUAUGACACCCGAAGAUUUGACUGCCAUAGGAAUCAAGAAGCCUAAUCAUAGGAAAAAAUUGAAAGCCGAAAUUGCGCAGCUGAAUUUACCAGACAAUUUGCCAGAAUUUGUACCAGGUUCUUUAGAGGAAUGGUUAAGCAUACUCCGACUUGAAGAGUACCUGCCCUCAUUCAUCGAACAAGGAUAUCAAACGAUUGAUGCAGUAGCCCAACUGACUUGGGAAGACCUGGAAGAAUUCGGAAUGGUGAAAUUGGGACACCAAAAGAAACUAAUGCUGGCAAUUAAGAGGAUCAAGGAUAUCAAAGCUGGAAAACGAAUAAGUUCAGAUUCCAAUAGAAUUUAUGCCACUCAGGACGUUCUGGUGCACAUUCCCAUGGAUCUGCCAUCACCCGGAGGAGUGCCCCAAGUCCACAGUACAUUCCACUCGUUUCAUCAGCCUUGGGAAAUCGACCAGACGAGAUUGAUGUCGACUUCUAUGGGUCCCACUUACUCGCAUCCAAUGUAUUGCACUGAUAUUGUUCCGAUUAAGAUAAGGACAGGUAGAGGCAAAUCGCUUGAAUCGUUAGAAGACCCCAAUGAAAGAACGCAUCACACGUUUUCAGCAGAAAAUACGCAAACAUUCUACUACAAUCAACCCAUUGGUUGGAGACCGAGAUCGUACGACGACGGCGAUAUCACUCCGACCAAUGAAACGAGUUUACUUUACGAAGGCGGAGGCACUUUGCCUCGUCCUAGAGGCAUCAUCAGGCCUAGACCCAUCGCGAAAAUUACCGCAAAAGCCAGAGAAACAUUCCCGGACUUCGAAAAGCCUCAAUUCAAUCCGGAAAAGUACGUCAACCCCCAAUACAAGACCCUCCCGAACACUUACAUCCAGUACGGCAGUCCUAUGAUGGGCAAAAAAAUUCCUCCGCAUCCGCCGAAGAGGCGAGACAGCGAGUGUACGGAAGAAACGACCACAGUUGAAAUUCAUCACGUGCAAACCUCGAGUCCGCUACCUUUACCGGCUUAUCCUAGUAGCGAUAGUUUGAGUAUAUCAUUGGACAGUGGUGGAGAUUUGCCUUUACCGCCACCUCCAGCCCCUGGGACCCCUCCUGGAGCGAUUUCGUCCCACUGCAAGUUGAAUUCGUCCCAGAGUUGGGGUGCUGAAGAACAGGAAUUAAUCAAAACGUUGGCGUUGCAGCAUAGAAAUGGAUCUGAUGCUAGUUUUAAGUCGAGUUCGAGCACAGAAUCCGAUUCGUUGCCGUUCGCCAAUGAAAACGCGGGAACAAUUCGUACUCGUGCAGGUACCGCGAGCAGACAAACCGAAUUUUCGUCGCCCAAAGCCAGACCGUCAGGUUUGCCGACGCAUCCGUCCCCGACGCCCAAUCAAAACCGACAAGCCAACAGUUCAAGAAAUAGGGCUGAGCCAGUAGAUGUCCUGAACGAUAUUGGUAACAUGUUGGCCAAUUUGACGGAUGAAUUGGACGCAAUGUUGGAAGAAGAAAAGCGACAGCAAUAAAAAGCUAUGAGAGAGUAAAAUGUAUACAGGGUGUUUUCGUCAUGAGAGCAUGACGAUAUGAGAAAAUGUGAUUGGGAUGUUUUUUUUUUAGUUAGAUUUGAUUGGAGAAAAGCAAUGAGGCCCUGUUCGGUUUCUCAAAUAUAGUUUUAUUUUGCCAUAAAUAAUUGGAUUUUAUUUACGUCAUCAAGUUACUGGAUUAGUCUUUCUCAUAGUAAUUGUUGGAUAUUUUUUGAACAAUAAUUCUGUAUCAAAAGUUUACAGUAACUUAAUGACACAGGCAGAAAAUAUGUCGAUUUUUUAAUAUUUGACAUGGAAACCCGCAAUUUUUUUUAUGUAAAUAGACCUUUUAGGGAAAAUUUUGAACCUAAAACAGCUGGUUACAAAAAAUAUUCCUAAAUGUAAAUAGUUGUAGCCUAAAAAAAUUUUUGUACAAAGCCACCUUAGUAUACGGAGAUUAGGGCAAACAAAAAUAAUAUAGUAGUUUUUGGUGUUUUUAUUACCUUUACACCUGCGAAAAUGUAACUCUUAAUUAUACGAAUACAUCAAAAUAUUUUAUUUUUUGUGUUUUUAGGCUUGUUCCGUCUGGUCGGGACAAGCAUACUUAAAUGUUUUUCCAAAAAAAAAAAGACUGGUAGAGAUUUACUGUUACAUUAAUUAUUGUGAUAUGGGUUUCUAUUGAAGGAUUUUCAGUGCCAUAUUCCCAUCCAGUUCGUAUAUUAAAAUAUGUUUAGGCUUUUAUUUAAGAUCUUUUGAUCGGAUCCCAUACAAAAAGAAAAACAAUGUAUUUUACUUAAAAUUUAUUUCAUCAUGUUGUGCUACUUAAUAUUUUAUUAUUGCAUUUAUUAUUGUUAUUUAUAGUUAUUAGCAUUUUUCCUAAUUAAUUAAUUAUUUUUAGAAUUAUUAUUAUAGCUGUUAUAUUAUACUCCUUCUGGAUUGUGCCCUAGAGGGAGCUUAGGUUUAAUAUUCAUGGAUUUUUUUCCGUUUUCAAUAUUUUCUCCUAUUUUAUUGUUAAAUUAUAGAAUUAAUAAAGUACAUUGUAUAAUAGGAGCAUGUUUCAUUAUUUUAUAGCGAGUCAAUGCUUCUAGAAAUGUCUAGAAAAUUUGCUUCCGUUCGUCUCUAUUGCGAAUUUUCUAUAUAGUUAUCUUGGCAGUGUUGCAAGAUUGGAGAAAUUUGUAACAGAGGGUAAUCAAAGCUCGACCAAAGCCUCUAAAUGCUCUAAAGAUGCCAAAAAGAUUCUAAAAUCUUUAAAACUCUACAAAUCAAGUGAUUUGAGAGAAAGAAUUUUCCUGGUUCAAAAUAAUGCAAAAUCAUUUAUUAUCAUUUUUGCUUAAUCUAUAUUUACAACUAUAGUACAAAUAACUGCCAUUUUUAACUGACAAAAUAGGUUUGUGAGAAUUAGCAAUAUAAGUUUUCUAAACAAAUCUAAGCCUUUUUAACUGGAACCUAUACAACUAGGCCUAUGUAUAUCACAAAAAAAUAUCUGAUACUACAUCCUAUUUAUCUAAAGGAGUGUCGUAUUCUUCCAAACUAUACAAACUCUCGACGAUUUCAUAUUCUAAAAUAAAUCCGCGGCCUGCUAUUCGAUCGUCUGUCCUAAAUUUCAACACCAUACCUUCUUGGGUAGAAGUCAAAUCUUGAGAAGUCUAAAAAAAGGGAAAAUUUGUAGGAAAAUUUUUAUUCAUGACAACGCGAAAUCUUACCUGGUUGCCGCAAAAUUUUCCAAAACUAGUCCCUCCACUAUCCAGUCCAUCGAAUACUUCAACAAAGUCGUAGGAGCAUUCUUCCUCAUUUUCCAAAUCAAAAGCUUUGAAAGUAAGCUUAAUGUUGUAUCCUUCAUUUCCUAUAAUAAACCAAUCGCAUGAGGUCAUUGGAGAGUAAGUAGCAUUUCCAUAACUGGAGUGAGAGUAAAUUUGACGCUUUUCUUGAGUU